CUCAUCACUCGUUCACUCAUCCUCCAUUUUGUCCCAGUCUCUCUCUCUCUCCCCCCUACUUGGUAGGACUGCUCUUCCGUCCCCUCUUCUUCUUCCUCCAUUUUUUUAAUAUGCUGGUUGCUGAAAACAAAUCAAAAUUCUAGGUUUUCAUUUUCGAUCAACAACAACAACAGCAAAUUGAUUUAAACAGAAGAGCAAACAGAUGAAUGAUUCGUGGGAAUAGUAGCGAUACUUCUUCAGCUGCUAUUGCUGCUGCUUGACUGACUGAUUCUCAGUCAUGACUUCUCUUCAACUUUUGCAAUUAACCGAGCGUGGUCGUGGUCUCUUGGCCAACAGAAGGAAAUCUCUACUGCUUGCAGCUGGUGUCUUGGCUGCUGGUGGGACCGCUGCGUAUGUGCAGUCACGGAUUAGCUCUAAGAAAUCUGAUUCUUUCCUUCAUUCCAAUGGUCCCAAAGAUGAUAAAAAGAUAUCAAACAAGCUGGUUACUAAUGACAAAAAAAAUACACAAAAGAAAAGAGGUUUAAAGUCAUUGCAAGUUUUAGCUGCAGUUCUUCUGUCUCGAAUGGGUAAAAUGGGUGCCAAGGACCUAUUGGCUAUGAUUGCCAUAGCAGUCUUGAAAACUACUUUGAGCAACAGAUUAGCGAAAGUGCAGGGCUUUCUAUUCCGUGCUGCUUUUCUCCGACGUGUACCAUUAUUUUUCCGUCUGAUAUCUGAAAAUAUCUUACUGUGUUUCCUUCUAUCCACCAUGCAUUCUACUUCGAAGUAUGUAACUGGGACCUUAAGUCUCUGUUUCAGAAAAAUACUGACAAAACUUAUCCAUGCGCAUUAUUUUGAGAACAUGGCAUAUUAUAAAAUAUCACAUGUCGAUGGUCGGAUUACUAACCCUGAACAAAGAAUUGCAAGUGAUGUACCAAGGUUCUGUUCAGAGUUGAGUGAACUUGUCCUGGAUGAUUUGACAGCAGUUGCCGAUGGUGUGCUCUAUACAUGGCGUUUGUGUUCAUAUACUAGCCCUAAGUAUUUGUUUUGGAUGGUGGCCUAUAUAUUGGGAGCAGGAACCUUGAUUAAAAACUUCACUCCUGCUUUUGGGAAGCUGAUGUCUAAAGAACAGCAGUUAGAAGGUGAAUAUAGGCAACUUCAUUCACGUUUGAGGACCCAUGCAGAAAGCAUAGCAUUUUAUGGUGGAGAACGCAGAGAAGAAUUUCAUAUUCAGCAGAAGUUUGAGACCCUGAUUAGACACAUGAGCACUGUCCUGCAUGACCAGUGGUGGUUUGGAAUGAUUCAAGACUUUUUGUUUAAGUAUCUUGGUGCUACUGUUGCUGUUAUUUUGAUUAUUGAGCCCUUCUUUUCUGGCCAACUUAGACCCGACUCUUCAACUUUGGGAAGGGCAGAAAUGUUGAGUAAUUUAAGAUAUCAUACCAGUGUUAUAAUAUCUCUAUUCCAGUCCCUGGGAACUCUUUCUACAAGUUCAAGACGACUUAAUCGACUCAGUGGUUAUGCUGACCGCAUUCAUGAAUUAAUAUCGAUAUCAAGAGAGCUGAGCAAUGAUGAUAAAUCAUCUCUGCAAAGAAGUGGAAGUAAGAACUACUUCAGUGAAGCUGAUUAUGUUGAGUUUUCUGGUGUCAAGGUUGUCACCCCAAGUGGAAAUGUUUUGGUUCAAGAUUUGACUCUUAAAGUUGAAUCAGGAUCGAAUCUGUUGAUUACGGGUCCAAAUGGCAGUGGGAAGAGCUCACUUUUUCGAGUUCUAGGUGGCUUAUGGCCAUUGGUUUCUGGCCAUAUUGUGAAACCAGGUGUUGGUUCUGAUCUUAAUAAGGAGAUCUUCUAUGUUCCACAAAGGCCAUAUACAGCGGUAGGCACACUCCGUGAUCAAUUAAUUUAUCCUCUUACCGCAGACCAAGAAAUUGAACCACUGACCCAUAGUGGAAUGGUGGAGCUGUUAAAAAAUGUCGACCUUGAGUAUCUAUUAGAUCGUUAUCCACCUGAGAAAGAGGUUAACUGGGGCGAGGAACUGUCAUUGGGGGAGCAACAAAGGUUGGGGAUGGCCAGGCUGUUCUACCAUAAGCCUAAAUUUGCAAUUCUUGAUGAGUGCACUAGUGCUGUGACUACUGACAUGGAGGAACGUUUUUGUGCUAAAGUACAAGCAACGGGAACAUCUUGCAUAACCAUAUCUCAUCGUCCAGCUCUAGUUGCAUUUCAUGAUGUGGUUUUGUCCUUGGAUGGAGAAGGAGGCUGGCAUGUUAAUUACAAAGGGAAGGACUCCCCAGCCCUGACUGAAGCUAGGAAUGAUAUCACAGGGGCUUGUGAGACAGAUCGCAAAAACGAUGCUAUGGUAGUCCAAAAAGCAUUUUCUACAAGUGAUAAGGUCGCACACUUGUAUAUCUCCGAGGUUAUAGCAGCAUCACCCAGCGUAGAUCAUAAUCUUCCAUUGCCCAUCGUUCCACCACUUCAAAGGGCUCCAAGGGUAUUGCCUCUGAGAGUAGCUGCCAUGUUUAAAAUACUGGUACCAUCUAUACUUGACAAACAAGGGGCACACCUAUUGGCAGUUGCUUUCCUUGUUGUCUCAAGAACAUUUGUGUCAGAUCGGAUCGCCUCAUUGAAUGGUACAACUGUAAAGCUUGUUUUGGAGCAGGACAGAGCAUCUUUUGUUCAAUUAAUAGGCGUCAGUGUUCUUCAAAGUGCUGCUUCUUCUUUUAUUGCACCUUCAUUGAGACACUUGAAAACCCUGCUGGCCCUUGGAUGGAGGAUUCGUUUGACUCAGCAUCUACUAAAGAACUACUUGAGAAACAAUACGUUUUACAAGGUCUUCAACAUGUCUAGAAAAAAUAUUGAUGCAGAUCAGAGAAUAACUCAUGAUCUGGAAAAGUUAACAACGGACUUGUCUGGACUGGUAACUGGAAUGGUAAAGCCAUCAGUAGAUAUCCUGUGGUUCACCUGGAGAAUGAAGCUCUUAACAGGUCAGAGGGGAGUUGCCAUAUUGUAUACUUAUAUGUUGCUUGGUUUGGGUUUUUUGAGGGCUGUUACUCCUGAUUUUGGUGAUCUUGCAAGUCAAGAGCAACAAUUCGAAGGAACCUUUAGGUUCAUGCAUGAGAGACUGCGCACGCAUGCUGAGUCUGUUGCUUUCUUUGGUGGUGGCAAACGAGAAAAAGAUAUGAUUGAGUCAAGAUUCAGGGAACUCCUUGACCAUUCCAUGUUACUUUUGAAAAAGAAAUGGUCAUAUGGCAUACUAGAUGAUUUUGUGACGAAGCAACUCCCAAAUAAUGUAACUUGGGGUUUGAGCUUGUUGUAUGCUGUGGAAAACAAUGGAGACCGAGCGAUGUCCUCAACUCAAGGUGACCUGGCACAUGCGCUGCGGUACUUAGCAUCUGUUGUCUCUCAAAGCUUUUUAGCCUUUGGAGACAUCCUUGAAUUGCAUAAGAAGUUUGCUGAGCUUUCUGGCAGUAUAAAUAGAAUUUUUGAACUUGAAGAGCUUCUGGAUUCUGCACAGUCUGGGGAUUCUUUGAAUGGUAAAUUAUCUCCAUCUAAGAACAGUGAACUUUACUCAAAAGAUGCCAUUUCCUUUAUGGAGGUUGAUAUCAUUACUCCAGCGCAGAAAUUGUUGGCGAGGCAGUUGACAUUUGACAUAGGGCAAGGAAAAAGCUUGCUUCUCACUGGUCCGAAUGGGAGUGGGAAAAGUUCUGUUUUCAGAGUCCUCAGAGGUCUUUGGCCCAUUGUGAGUGGAAGACUCGCUAAACCAUUACAACAUAUUAGUAAAGAGACUGGAUCAGGUUGUGGUAUCUUCUAUGUUCCUCAACGACCAUAUACAUGCUUGGGAACACUGAGAGAUCAAAUCAUAUAUCCUCUCUCUCAUGAUGAAGCAGAAGUCAUGACUCUAAAGUUGUCUGAAAAAGGUAUGCAAUCCACUGAAAUGACAAAUAUUCUGGAUACACGUUUGAAAAAUAUUCUGGAGAAUGUUCGGCUAAAUUAUCUCUUGGAGAGAGAAGGUGGCUGGGAUGCGAAUAUGAAUUGGGAGGACACCCUCUCUCUUGGAGAACAGCAGAGAUUAGGCAUGGCUCGUCUAUUCUUUCACAAGCCUAAAUUUGCCAUCCUUGAUGAGUGCACAAAUGCAACAAGUGUUGAUGUUGAGGAACAACUUUAUAGACUUGCCAAGGAUAUGGGCAUCACAUUUGUUACAUCCUCUCAACGUCCUGCUCUAAUACCAUUCCAUUCCCUGGAAUUACGGCUUAUUGAUGGUGAGGGCCAGUGGGAGCUUCGUGCAAUUAAGCAAUGAGUUGACACUAGCAUCUGACAUUAAGUAUCUGGAGCAUGCAAGACUUCUCAGAUCUCAUAAAUGGUGUGGAGGAAGAAAGUCAUUAGGCCAUUCAGCGGAGUUAAUUAUUUGUCAUGUAUCUCAAGUCGUGAUCAUUUUUACACAAAAUUAUGAAUCCCGCAAAGAGGAGAUGCCAUGGAGAUUUGUUUCUCCUAAUCAUAUACAACAACUGUAUUUUUUUUUUUUUUUGCUGAAAGCAACAGGAGCGGCCUGAAAGAGAAGCCAAGCACACAAGGUUAUUGCAGAAACUGCAAGAAAUCAAAUCUGAAAUCAUGUAGUAGAAUAGAGAAAUCUUUAUGUACAGGCUGACUUUUUUUUUUUUUUACUAAGUUAUUUUUUUCGGGCUAUUAUUUGAAAAUUCGUUGCCCGCUUAUGCUGUAAGAAUUGAAUGCAUAAAUUAUUAAAGUUGGCCCCAUGAAUAAAAUCGCAGGAAAAGAAUAUACCCUCCUCCUGUCGUCCCUAAA